AUGCCAUCCUCCGUCUCAUGGGGCCUCCUCUUGCUGGUAGGCCUGUGCUGCCUGGCCCCAGGCUCCCAGGUUCAAGAUCCCCAGGAGGCCCAAUCAUCUGAUCAUGGCCACGAGCAUGAGGAACAUUCAACCUGCCACAAUGUCUCCUCCAGGGUCAUUGACAUGGCCUUCACCUUAUACAGGGAGCCAGCCACAUGGUCAAGACACAGCAAUAUCUUAUUCUCCCCAGUGAGCAUCGCGAUGGCCUUUGCCAUGCUCUCCCUGGGGACCAAGAGUGACACUCACACCCAGAUCCUGGAGGGCCUGAAGCUGAAUCUCAGCGAGACUCCGGAGGCUAAGAUCCAUGAGUGCUUCCAGCAUCUCCUCCAGACCUUCCAGAAGCCCAGCCAACAGCGCCAGGUGACCACGGGCAGCAGCCUCUUCAUCCACAGCAGCCUAAAGCUCGUGGAUCAGUUUGUCCAAGACACCAAGAAUCUGUACCACGCAGAGAUCGUCCCCGUCGACUUCAGGAACACCCACGAAGCCAAGAAACAGAUCAACAGUCACGUGCAGCAGAAAACCCGAAGGACAGUAAUGGGUCUGGUCAAUCAUCUGGAGAACGACACGGCUCUUGCCCUGCUGAACUACAUUUCCUUCCAUGGCAAAUGGAAUGAGGAGCCCAAUGCUGAGCGGCACAUCGUAGAGAACUUUCACGUGAACAGGAAGAUGACCAUCAAGGUGCCCAUGAUCCACUGCCUGGGCAACUUCUUCCUGCACCGCGACAAGGAGCUGUCCAGCUGGGUGCUGGUUCAGCACUACCUGGGUGACACCACCACCUUCGCCAUCCUGCCGGACCCAGGGAGGAUGCUGCAGGUGGAGAAAAAACUGACCCCCAAGCACUUUGAAGAUAUCCUGAGAAAGAGCGACCUCAGGCCAGCCAAUUUACACUUCCCCAAACUGUCCAUCUCUGGAACCAUCGAUCUGAAGCCCGUCCUGAGAAGUCUGGGCAUCACCAAGGUCUUCAGCCAUGAGGCUGACCUGUCUGGGAUCACGGAGGACGCUCCCCUGAGGCUCUCCCAGGCCCUGCAUAAGGCUGAGCUGACCUUCGACAAGGAAGAGACAGUGGCUGCAGGGGAUGCCAAAUGGGAAGAAAACACUUUGUUUAAGGCCCCCACUGUCCAGUUCAACAGGCCCUUCUUUCUCAUCAUUAGGGAUGAGUACACCAACUUUCCCCUCUUUGGUGGCAAAAUAGUGAAUCCCAUAGAGAAAUAG